AUGUCGGACGACAGUGGAUCUGAAGAGAGCGGCUUGAACGACAAGUCCAACCAAGAUGAUGACGACGAUGACGGCAAAUCUCCUCCUAAGAAAAAGGUCCGCCGGGGCCCUGUCAAAGGUGCUCCUCGUAAGGGUCCUUACAUCAAAUGCGUCAACAAGAUGCUUGAUGGUCAUGUUAUUGGGCCUGGGCAAGGCCUUCAAAAGGCUGCCAUUCUUGUCUAUAACGGCAAAACAGUCAACAACUGGGUAGAACUUGUCACGCAGUUCAAGCAGGCCAGUGAACGAGGCGCUGCUCCCCGAACUGCUGCUCCCCAAGCCGGUCUUUUCUCUCUGAGCUUUGCACAGGCAACUGCCAGAGCUAGACCUCAGCGCGAGAAUCCUCGACGCGAGGGUCUUCCGCAGGAAGCUACAGGGACUAACUCUGCGCAAUUUGCUCCUACGGUCCCUCAGCUUGUCAAUCGUGACAGUCAAGCUCAACUCUUGCAGGAAGCCCAGGCCCAUAAUCACAGACUGGAGCAGCUCAUCACCCAGACCAAUGGAAGAAUUAACCAACUGACCGUCGUCGUUCGACUAUUGCAGCAAUCCCUCCAAACCAAGGAAAGUGGUUUCACUGCCAUCAGUAGUGCCGAGCUCCGUCAGAUGCACAACGAGAUGCGUCGUGUCAAUGGUGCUGACAAUGCAGACCUGCCCUCUUUCACCCCCUAA